GCAGAAGGUCGUUCAGAUUGAAAAUGAUCUCCUGGGAACACCUUUAUGUACAAUUAAUAAUCAGCUGCAGACAGUGGACUAUAAAUUUGAAAAAAUUUUCUAUAAUGCAUCACAAGAAGAAAUUUAUCAGAUUACAGCAAGUCGUUUAAUAACGGAUGCAUUAUCAGGAAUAAAUGGAACUAUAAUGUGUUAUGGACAGACAGGAGCUGGGAAAACGUAUACAAUGAGUGGAUUAUCCCAGUUAUAUGAUGAUCGUGGAAUUAUACCCAGGGGAAUUGCACAUUUAUUUGAAGAAAUUCAAAACAGGUCGACUCUUUCAAUUACUGUAAAAUUAUCAUAUUUUGAAAUAUACAAUGAACAAAUUAUUGAUUUGUUGAAUGAUAUUUCAACGAGUAAAACCGUGCGUAAACAAUCACCGGAUUUAUUACAAAUAGCUGAAUCUAAUGAUCAGGUUUAUAUCAAAGGAUUGAAGUGUAUCACUGUGAAUAAUGUAGAAGAAGCGUUGACUGUAUUAUUCGAGGGUGAAUUGAAUCGGACAACUGCAUCACAUGUAAUGAAUCAUUCAUCGUCCCGUUCACAUGUUAUACUAACAGUCUACCUGGAAAUAGUUGAUCCCAUGGAUAGUAGUGAUGGAUAUACGAGAUAUAGUAAAAUUCAUUAUGUGGAUUUAGCUGGUUCAGAAAGGCUAAAAGGAGUUCAGACAACUGAUAAACUUUUCAAGGAAGCAACCUACAUCAAUCGAUCGUUAACAUUUCUUGAACAGACUAUUUUGGCCUUAUCUGACCAGUCAAGAGAUUAUAUACCCUAUAGACAAUCGAAGUUAACACAUUACUUGAAAAAUAGUAUUGGUGGACGUUGUCAGACUAUCCUAAUAGCAAAUGUAUGGAAUAAAUAUGAGUAUUUAAAUGAAACAUUGUCUACGUUAAGAUUUGCAAGUCGAGCCAUGUCAGUUCCAUGUAAACCUGUUGUCAAUCAAUUCCGUGAUCCCAUGGCAAUCAUAAAGAACUUGGAAAAUUCGAAUAACGGUUUACUGCGAGAGUUACUUAUGUAUGAUAUAUUAUGUCGCAUAUUUAUUUUGAAAAGCACAUGUGCAUGUCUAAGUGUUGCCGAUAUGAUGAAAAAUAAUAAUCGUGGACAAAUAAAUUAUGAACCAUUGACAGAAAAACAAAAACAUAAAUUACGCAAUUCUGUUGUCAAAUAUUUAAACAAUGAAGUCAAAGAUUUAGAGAUCGUAAAUCUUUAUCAAUUGAGGGAAACAUUUGAAGUAUUUAAACAAAUAAAUAAAUCGCUUCAGACUCAACUGGAUGAAGCUAAAGAACAACUAAGCAGACAAAGCGACUAUACUGGUAGUCGGUCACCUACAACGGUAGCCGUUUCAACAAUUUCCAGCGGUUCUCGUAGUGGUGGCACCGGAGGUGGUGGUGGCAGUGGAACUGGUCCAGCUUCAAAACUACCCAGUAGUAAUUCAAAUAUUAGCGGAUCGAAACGACAGACAAAUAUCACGUUGAAUAAUGAACCAAUCACUGGGAAAUCUGCACAGAAUGUUAAUUUUAAAGAGAAAUCUUUGGUGGUUAAUCAAGUUGGUGAAUUAGAUCCUGCCUCGGGAAGAGGUUUUCUACCGCCAAUCGAUCAAUCCUCCACUGGAGAUAAGGCUACAUCGAAUCUUACAUUAAUGACAGAUGGAGCAUUUUUACAGGCUAAACGCAAGGAAAAGAAACAAUCUGUUUCAAAUAUUAAACUUGGCAGUAUUACUAAUACUACAAUCAACGAACCGAUGGAUACAGAAGUUCCCAAUUUAUCCGGUCCACCGAAUAAGUAUGAUGCGUUUGAAGAGUUUAAACGUGAACCUGGCUCUGAGUUGUUCAAUAUUUAUCAAGGAAAUAAAAGCUUACUAAAAGAAAAACAUGAAGAAGGAUUGAAAAUUGCUCAAGAUAUUAAUCACAUUAAGUCUCAAAUAACUGAAUUACAAGAGCAAGUGAACAAAUUGAAGACAGAAAGAGAAUUGCAAGGAUUAAUUCAAACGGUUGAAAAUCAAUCAAUCAUAACAGAGGAAGAAUAUAAUCUGUUGAAACAAAUUCAAACAUUAAAAGAAAAUUAUAAAGCCAAAUAUCCUGAAUGGUUAAACAUCAAAGAAACUAUUCAGUACUGUAAAGAUAUGGUUGAUCAAUGUCAAAUACGUUUAUUACAAGAGUUUGAAAAUUGGUACCAACAGUGUUUUAAUGAGUCAGUCAAUCAAUGCGAUCUUGAGGUGGGUAUUCCAACGAGGACGGAUGAUGCAUCGCAUGCAAACACUAUAACAAAUAACAAUAGUAGCAACAUGAAGAAGGCAUUAAUAGACGUCAGCUACAAUGAAAAAGAGAAACCAUGCAUCAGUACACAAAACUCUGAAAAAGAUUAUCUAGAUGAAUUCCAACAAAUUGAAGAGAACAAUUUAUCAGGUCGUAAAGGAUUGUUAUCGUAUGAACGCGCUAAAGAGACGGUUGCUUACAAACAAAUUUAUCAAAGAAAAGAACAAUCGCAUGCUCAGAAAUUCUAUCGUACAUAUAAAUUCCGAUCAAUACUACAGCCGACUACAACCAGAUUCAUCAAUGAGUCAAUAUUAAAACAAGGAAAAUAUUGUAACGCGAUUUUAACCUCUUGACUUAUUCUUACUUUUUCGAAUUGAACACCCUGAACAAAAACAUUUCUGGACAAGUUGUGCUGAUGUCGAUUAAUUGUGCAGUGUGAAACAACUAGCCCAUAUUCGAAUAUUCACUAUCGGAAGCAUAUUGAUGUUAAACAGAUACUGAUGAUAACCAACCAUACAAC